AUGCAGCAGACAGCUUCGGGACAGGUGCCAUACAAUCGCAGUCAGCGUCAACUUGCUCCCAACACUGCGAGCAACGGCCAUAACAAAGGACACCUGCUCGCCGUCCGCGGCAUCGCAGCAGUGAACGGCCCACUCCACUGGUGCUCAAACUUCAAAGGCUAA